AUGGACAAGACCAAGUCCAAGCUAGCCUCCUCUAAUUUGUCCCAUUUUUUCGACAAUGAAGAAGACGAGUCUUCAUUCCCAUCGAAGACAGUCGAUGAUGCAAAAGUGACGCAGUACACCUCCGGAAAGCUGAAGAAAUCACGCAGGGAGAAAGAACAAGAGGCCGCAGAGGCAAAGAAACGAGAAGAAGCAGCCAAUGCCGCCAAAGCCUAUGCUGAAUUUUUGGAUGUGUUUGAGGGCGACGACAGGAAGACUCGCUCAAACUUCGUCAAGGCAGGAACGGCGGCAGAUUUAGGGCCUGCAUAUGGCCACACAGCAGCCUCGUCAGAACGGAAAUCUCAUGGAAGGGACAGGUCUCCUUCACCGCCAAACUCAGCUCCUCCUAAGCCCAAAGGCAAACGUGCAAUGGAUUCUUUUCUUGAAGAAAUUAAAAGAGAACAAGCCGAACGCGAAGCUAGAUAUUCUCGUCAUGCUCACGGACAUGGUCGGUCUGUCACUGCUCUAGCAGGUGCGUCUCAAGUGAUUGAGAGACAAAUCAUUGCUAAGGGCAAAGCAGCUUACGACGGACAGAGCGGGAGUAAAGAUAGAGGAGACCCACAGACGUCGAAUGUUUUCGUGGCAAAUUUGCCGCCUCAUGUUACCGAACAAAGUCUAGGCGUCUUCUUUGCGCGCAUUGGACCUGUAGGAUCGGUCAAAAUAAUGUGGCCCCGGACCGACGCUACUGUCGGUCCAGGUGCCGAUAUGACGGCGACUAGGCGAACCAAAAACAGUGGGCUAAGUGGCUUUGUAUCAUUUAUGAAACGAAAGGAUGCGGAGGAAGCUUUGCGUGAGCUUGAUGGGUUUGACUGGGGUGGCUCCAUUCUGAGAGUGGGUUGGAGCAAAGCUGUACCUGUUGCGGCGAAGCCGAUGUAUGGAAAGUUCUCAAAUCUGCGCAAAACUCGAAGUCGAAGUCGCUCAAAGGAAAGAGGUCGCGGAGCAGAUAUUCGGGAUAGGUCUUCUCGGCGGUCGCGAAGUUCAUCAUGGAACCGCAGCCGAUCUAGAUCUCCUCGUCGAAGGCGUUCCUACAGCCGUACGCGACAUUCACGUUCACGUAGUCUAUCACCUCGGCGUCGUUCGAAUAGCCCAUCCUAUCGCGGUCAUAUAGAUGAGAGUGAAGUUGUGACUGAUACGUUCAUACGGGCAGUUGUCGCUGAGAUCAAAGGUCAAGGGGUUGAGUAUGAAAAAAAUCUUCGUCUGCGGGAGCAAAACAAUCCAAAGUAUGCUUUCCUUCGUCCAGAACAUCGACGUCAUGGAUACUACCUCGAUUUAAUGCAAGAUCAGCGUGAAAUGUCACCUGAAUUCAUUGACGACGGAUACAACUCAAUUUACUCGACCGAUUCCGCAGAAGAUUCAGAACGUGAGAGAGUACGCAAAACUGUGCUCGGCAAGCUUGCGCGAAAGCGAUUCGAAGCAAUGCUCCGAGCGUUAUCAGGCAAACGAGGUGAAAUUGCCCGCUGUAUGGCAUUUAGCCUUGAACACGCAGAAGCGGCGCAUGAGGUUGCCGACAUUAUCAUUGCCUCCUUACUCGUUGACAGUACCCCGGUGCCUCGAAAGGUCGCGCGUUUGUAUUUGAUAUGUGACAUCCUACACAACUCUGCAUCCUCCGUGCCCAGCGCCUGGAAAUUUCGACAAGAAUUUCAGUCUAGGCUAGGAAUUGUUUUUGACCAUCUCGCCAACAUCUAUCAUUCCUUUCCAGGGAGAAUCACUGCAGAGACAUUUAAAAAACAGAUCACUACGGUGCUCGAUAUCUGGGAUGACUGGAUCGUAUUCCCCGCCGAAUACACUGGGGAGCUUAGAUCCCGGCUGGAAGGUGCUGCCAAACUAGCAUCGAUGCCAUCUGCAAACAAAGGCGAAACUCAGGAUGUUGGGCCCUCCUUCAGUUCUAAAUUCAAAACAAGUACUUUCCACCUCGCGUCCGCUGAUGCGGUAAAAGGAGACACAGACCAGGACGGUGAGCCGAUGGACCUGGACAGCGAGGGUGCCCAUGGAACAGAUGAGGAUGUUGAUGGCGAGCCGAUGGAUGCUAUCGAUGGUGAACCAAUGGACGACGUUGAUGGUGAACCUAUAGUAGACGAUGCGGACAAGUCACCCCGGCCCACCGUUGACGAUGAUCUCGAUGGUGUACCACUGGAUGAUUCAGACGGUGCGGACGGCGUGGACGGUGUACCUUUGGAGGAUGUAUAGUGACAAAUAGCGCAGUAGUUUUAAUCACAGCUGAUUCUUCAUGAAUAAUGUUCCAACGUCAUAACUACAUGCCAAUUAAAUAUCCAGUAAUGUAGAGAGAUCAAGAGUGUCGACGUUGCGAUCGACCUGUCGACGACAUUUUCAGAAUUGCAUCUUUAGCGGCGACUAUGUC